UUACGGCCGUUUCGGCAUUUCUCUUAAUAGUAAGCCCAUCUUCUCCCAUCGUUAUCUUGGCCUGAGCACCCAGUUAGCGUGUGUGCUAACGCCAUCCUCCGCCGUCGCCUAAGCGCACAUUAUUUUGCUCUGGAGGGCACUGUUUAUUUACAGCGCAGCGGAAGUGUCAACCUGUGUCGUCAAGCUGCGGCAGGAGCUGCCUCUGUAGGUCUGUAGUCGCGUUGGUGACUGUACAGAGUCGGAUUAAUUCCGUGCGCUUAACCUGAGGCUGGGGCUCAAGAGGAAGCAUGGAUUUCAUUUCUAACAUAUGGAAGAACACCACGAAAGGAGCGGAACCGCAAGCGAAGGCUCCGGAGUCGGUGGAGGGUGGCGAUGCGCCCGACAACAAACCCACCAACGAAGCCACUAGCGAGCCUCAACCAGCAGCACCGUCCAAAGAAAGUGGUGGGGGCAGCGACUCAGGCUCGACGUCCGGGCCGGACACUGAUUCUCCUCCGACUCCUGAAACGCCGAAACCAGCGGCUAAUAUUGAGCCUUCGAAUGACAAGGGCCCCUUGGGGACGGGCAUCUCUAUACCGCUCGAAAAUGUGUCGCAAAAGGCGAUGGAAUCUGCGAAAUCAUUCGGAAGCUUCCUCUAUUCUGUGGCAAACAAGGCUGGAAAAACUGUGCAAGAGACGGCCAAACAGAUCAAAACAACAGUUGAAGAGAAUAGCAUACUGGCUGACUUUAAUCGCGAACAGGAGACUUUUGUGAAGGGCAAGCAGAGGUGUGACACUGGAAUCUUGCCCUGGGUUGGAUGUGAAGAUGAAGAAAAUGUGAAGCAGCAGAUACUGUCCCUUUCAGCUGACAAAAGAAACUUUGUGCGAAGUCCACCAAGCGGAGUUCAGUUUGAAUUUGACAUGGAUACCAUGUCGCCCAUUGCCAUGGCAUUGCUUCAAGAGGACCCCAACCUGGAGAAAAUGAGAUUCGAACUUGUUCCGAAAUGGAUUCCUGAAACUGACUUUUGGAGGAACUAUUUCUACCGUGUCUCACUUAUCAAGCAGUCAACGCAGCUAAGUGCGCUCAGUCACGGCAAGGCUGCUGGAAGCAGCAGCAGUGGUGACACUUCAUCAGUCUCAUCGCGGCAGAGUCCAUCGGAUGAAAGCAGCAAACAGAACUUGGCGGCUGGAGAUGACGACGAGGCACUUGACAGCCCAACCCAUGAAUUUGUCUCGGACACCUUCCAAGGAAACAAAAUAUCUGAGGAAGAAGUCAAGCUGGGCAUGAAACAACUUGGCAUGGGAGACAAAGCAGCAGAUGAUGAAUGGGAGAAGGAGCUUCAGCAGGAGCUGCAGGACUAUGAGGUGGUGGCUACAGACACGGCCGCACAAGGCGAUGAUCCCGAAUGGGAGAAUGAAAUUCAGGAGAUGCUGGCAGCCCAGAAGUAGGCCUGCCAUGCACUGCCUUCUCCCUCCAGCCACUUUUUCCGAGGAACACAUUCUGGGGCACAGCCACCACGGCCCCUCCACCACAUGGCACAAGGGCGGGUAAUUCAAGGUGCCCAACUGUCUGCUGCCACGCUAGUCUCAUUUAUGUUGUGCGUGCAUCUUUUCAGCUUGUGCGUGUGGCUGUCUGCAGAGUUGCACUGCUUUGUUUGGACCUAGCACACAUCACGCAGCUUUGGGCAGCAACCACAUGCAAUAUAUUUUCAACAUAUUUUCGGCCUGACGUUGACUGUCAUCGACGCAUUCAUAUUUUUCUGUGCAGUGACCACACUGUAGUGCCGGCCACAGUGCAUGUCACUGACUUAGUUUCCAACUAAAAAGGAUAGGCCAUGGCACGCAUUACGACAUUGAUAACAGCACAGUUCUCGCAGCAUGAAGUGAGCGUCAUGACACUGAGCAAUGCUAUGCCGUAAAGAUGUAGGAAACAUGCUUCAUGUGGUUUCUCCUUUAUGUUUUUGAUGACUGGAGAGGCUUAAUGAGCUUUUGAGUGUGCUACAUUCUCUGUAGCCUCAUCUUUUGCUGUGAAGCAGCUACAAGAUAUUCGAAGGCUGUGUGAGCUCGUUUGUCAAUGUGAUUGUGGUACCUUGCACUGGAGGGUACCGUGAGCUGCCAAGUCCAUGGUACCAUCUGUAGGGGGUACCAUGGGGUACCAUUUGUGUGUGAACUAGGUUCCCAGUUUCAGCAGUACCGCUCCUCCUUCUUGCCUUCUCUCAAUGAACUGUGUUGUGGGCACAAAACACGAAGACUGUCUUCCAGUCGCUCAUUAAGGAAAAAGAAGCCUUUAGGAGCAAGCUGUAGCAGACAGUUUAUAGAGAACAGUAAAACGGCUUGUUGUAAAAGCUCGUGUAGUGAAUGGACAGGUUCUCUCUAUAGACAUUUGGUUCAUAUCAAAGCAAAUAAGUUUAUGCUGCUAUGGACUAGAGGUCAAUUGGAGUCAUUUUCUAUCUUUCGUUUUGUAUGUUGUGUUCAAGCCCUUAUGCUAUGUACCCAGGUUUUUCGUCAUGUCCAUUUACUCUGAGAAAGAAAUAUAUAAAGCGCCUGUGAUGCACAGAUGUGAGUGUCUGUAUGUAUGUUAGAACUGUUAAUGAAUUUCAUGGUGGCUAUUCCUUGUUUUUAUUAUAUAUAUAUAUCUACAGUUCUUUAAUGGAAGCAACUUUCAUUUUGACACCUCUAUUCAGUGUUGUUUCAUCACCCAUGUCUUAUGUCACAUAGUCAGCAGAAUAAAGCUUCUUUUCUUUUAUGA